AUGAGGUUUUUAAAGGGAGUUGUGCUUUCUUUGGCUUUUUCUUUGUAUAAGGUACGUGCUACGGCAGAAGUAGGAUCAGAUGUUAAUGUGGAAAAUGAAAAGCCACCUGAAGGACUAUCGUGGGAAGAAUGGCAUAUGGACCAUGAGCAUCAGUUGAAGGACUACACGCCGGAAACUUUCUUUGCACUACAUGAUGUUAAGAAGAAGGGAUACUUAGAUGAAAGUGAUAUUCUGUCUCUCUACGGGCUGAACCGUGAUGAAAUCGUGGGGUCCGGUGAUGGUAUGGGCCAGCAUGAUGAAUCCGAAAAAGUGGACAAUGCUAUGGCCAAGCGUGUCGUUAACUUUAUCAUGAAACUAUUGGAUGUUGACGAUGAUACAAAAAUUGCAAAGGAGGAGUAUUUAAAAUAUGCUAAGAAAGGAAACAAGUUCCCUGAUCUUGGCGUUGGUGUAGGACACCAUUCCGGUUUUGAACUAGAGUAUGAAAUACAUCACUGGAACAAGUUCCACAAGGACGAAGAUCCGGACGUCAAGGUCGUUCACAAAGAAGAUAUUGAACACGAGUUACUUCAUCACGAACAUGAAAUAGAGCACGAAGAAGAAAUCCAAAGAGGCGCCUCUAGAGCUACAGUGAUAACUGAUGACGAGCUAGAAUCCAGGAUAGAAUUGAAAAACAUACCCGAGAAAUUCAAGAACGGGAUUUUUUAA